ACAGAGAGAGAGAGACACAGUGAGAGAGCAACUCGGUGUAAGCGAAAGUGACAGAGACGAGUCCUUGCCAAAAGACAGGACACUUUAUCGAAAAGGGGGCGUUUGUUUUCAACUCCAGCUCCGUAUAAACGCAGCUGUGCUGCUUCCUGUUUCUAAAGCUGACAGCAGUCGCUUUUUAAAUGCUUUGGAUCUGGUGACAGACUCGACACAGACAGACAGACAGAAAGCGAGAGACAACACAGUCAUGGAGAAUGGGAAGAACCGCCUACAGCAGACCCAGGAGGAGGUGGAGCAGGUGAAGGACAUCAUGCUGGACAACCUGAACAAGGCUGAAGAGAGAACUGGCAAACUUGGAGAGUUGGAGGACCGGGCUGAUGUCUUGCUGGAGAAGAGUAAAGCAUUUGAAAAGACGGCCAACAAGGUGAAGCAAAAGAAAAGGUGUGAGAACAAGAAGAUGAAAUAUGUGUUUAUUGCAGUCGGAGUGGUGGCAGCGCUCGUGAUUAUCACACUUAUCAUCUUUGCCGUUGUGGGAUAGCACAUGAGGACUGCAGCUUCUUGAUGAGUGCCUGAUGAAAGGAAAAUACGAUAAUGGGACUAAGGGACAAAGAUAAAAGUGAAGUCCAAACUGUGGGACUCUACCAUCUUGCCUGAAGUGCUCAUUCUGUAAUAUUUAUGGGAGUGUACAUAAGUGUCUUCAAUCUAUAUGGUACAACUGGUUGCUCGGCUGCUUCUUGUCUUUAAAAUAACUUUUCCAAACCUUUCCAAUAUUGGAAGGACACAUCACUUCACAUGUGGAUUGGAAGUCUGUAAAUUGAUUGUAAAGAGUAAAAGCAGUCCUCUGCACACUCCCUGUAAGAUGCCACUAUCAUGAUGUUGUUGUUUUUUUAUUAGAUCUAACAAAAAAGUGCUGUGACAUCGUGCCAAGAUUUUUAUAUUAGGCUGCUAUGUGCCUCAGAGGAGGCUAAACCAGAUUUAUGUACAAGCUACAAAAAAGAAAAAAAAGAAAUGCAAUUUUAGCUGUGAAAUGUUCUCAAAGUUAUCAUUAAAAUGUGUUUUUUUAAUAUGUA